AUGUCUGAACCAUCACCAGUAGAAACGGAACAUUUGGAUGCAGCCCUGGAAGAUCUGGAUAUAGAAUCUGAUUACAAGCCUCCUCCAGAGAAGAGUUUAGAAGAGUUGUUAUCUGCUGAUAAAGAGGAUGAAAGUUUGCAAAAAUAUAAAGAAGCCCUGUUAGGUGAAGCCAAAGUUGGAAAAGUUAUAGUUGAUCCAAAUGAUGAUAGGAAAGUUAUUGUCAAGAGACUAGCUCUUUGUGUUAAAGGUAGACCUGACAUGGAGCUUGAUUUAACAAAACCUCUGGAUGAAUUGAAAAAACAAGUAUUUGUCAUCAAAGAAGGAAUUUCUUACCGCAUCAGGAUUGACUUUUUAGUCCAAAGGGAAAUUGUGCAUGGCUUAAAGUAUGUGCAGAAAACCUACAGACUUGGUGCUAGAGUUGACAAGAUGACUCAUAUGGUUGGUUCUUAUCCUCCUAAGACGGAAUUACAAAGCUAUACUACUCCACCUGAAGAUGCACCAUCUGGACUUGUAGCUAGAGGAUCUUAUACUGUCCAUUCCCUGUUUACAGAUGAUGAUAAGCAUAUUCAUUUAAAAUGGGAAUGGAUAUUUGAAAUAAAAAAGGACUGGAAAGAAUAA